GCCACUCUCUGGGGCUUUGGACUAACCUCUUCUGUGACAACCUAUCAUAAUCUAUAAGAUGGAGAAAAUACAUAUUAGCCUUCUCAUGAUGCUGUGUCUUGCAAUCCACAAAUCAUCUUCAGAUAUUUUAAGGCGGCAGAAAAGGAAUUGGAUCAUAGACUCCUUUUCUAUUGAGGAAGAAAGUACAGGACCUUUCCCAUAUGAGCUGGGCACAAUUGAGAUUGAGAAAAAAUUCACAGUUCUCAGACUUCAUGGUCAAGGUGUGGAUAAGGAUCCAAUCGGCCUAUUACAAAUCAAUCAAGGAGGAACAGUCACUGUCCAUAAAAAAGUGGACUAUGAGCAGUACAGAAAACUUAAGCUGACAUUUGAGGCUUAUGAUGAGCAAAACGAAAGGGUAGACACGCGACUUGGCAUGGAAGUAAAGAUUCUGGACAUCAAUGACCACACUCCCACUUUUGAUAAACAAGAAUACAAGGUCAGCAAAAAAGAAUCAGAUUCACAAGACACAUACGUGGUUACUCUUUUGGCAACUGAUCAAGACUCUCGUAACACCCCUAAUGGCACAUUUGAUAUGAAAUUAAUCUCUGUCACUCCUCAAUCCUCUGACCUGGAGUUCUCCUUAAUACAAAAUGGGGAAACUGGAACCAUUGAUUUUAACGGGUGCCUGGAUUAUCAGAAAGCAGAGAAAUACACUAUCCUAGUGGAGGUCAAAGAUCGUGGAGAAAAAAUAAAGCGUUCCAGCACAGGCACUGUCAUAAUCAAUAUAGAGGAUGAGAACAACUACCUUCCUGUCUUCACAGGACAAAGUGGUCCAGGAAAGGUGAAGGAAUAUGAGAAAAACGUGCUGGUUUUGAGACUUCACGUUACAGACAAGGACACAAAAGGUACAGCAGCCUGGAAAGUUAAAUAUACAAUCCAUGGAGACACAAACAACAACUUCAGGAUUACUACUGAUCCUGAGACGAACGAUGGACUCUUGUAUGUGGAAAAGGAACUGGACUACGAGGUGGAUGCUCUGAAGAACCUAACCAUCAGCGUUCAGAAUGAAGCUCCUUAUUCCUCAUGCAAAGUUCGCAAUCGUCUGAGCUCUGGCAAAUGGGAUGUGGUCACUGUGAAGGGUGAGCUUGGAAAAGGGCAGGUACCGCCUCCCUCCACCAUCCAAGUGACAGUGAAUGUCGAGGAUGUCAACGACCCUCCCAUCUUCACAACUGCUUUCAAACAGGUGAAAGUGAAGGAGAAUGUUCCUGUGGGAUAUUAUCUGGAGACUUUCACAGCCAUAGACCUGGACGGCACUCAUGCAAACCAGUUUGAAUACUCAAAAGGAGAUGAUCCAGGUGACUGGGUCACAGUGGACUCCAAGACUGGAAAAAUAACCACAUCAAAGAUCUUAGACCGAGAGUCUCCCUUUGUGAAGGACAACAUCUAUAACGUCACAAUAUAUGCUGUUGACAGUGGUACGCCUCCAUUGACGGGCACCGGAACACUCGAAAUCUAUCUGAAGGAUGAAAAUGACAAUACUCCAGUCCUGGCUGUACACACCGUGGACAUGUGCAUCUCUGACGGACCCUCACAGGCAAACAUCACAGCCUUUGACAUCGACGGAGACCCCUACAGUGGACCUUUCCGUUUCGUACUCCAAGGAGAUGUCAAGGACAAGUGGAGCGUGGUCCCCGACAUCGGUUAUACAGUUAACCUGGUGAAAGAAGACAUAGUUUAUGCCGGGCACCAUGAGCUGCAGCUGGAAGUGUUUGACCUGCAGGAGCAGUCUUCAGUCCACAAUCUGUCAGUCACUGUGUGUGACUGCUUUAACCCCAUGAUGCCCAACUGCCGCAUUCGCAGACCCACUGGUUCCUCAAUGGGAGGAAUGGCGAUUGGGAUGGUUUUAGUGGCCCUACUGCUGUUUCUAGGUAUUCUACUUUUGGGUUUUCUGGUGUCAUGUAAGGAUAACCAUGAAUUCAUCCCGAUUGAUGAUCCAGGAAACAAUCUGAUGAAAUGCAACACUGAGAACCCAGGAACUGACUGCAAGGUGGUUCUAAACUCCAUCAUUCAAGAAGACGUUAAACAAGGGCAAACGGCCCCUGCUGAUGUUUCAACAGCAAAACCUAGGCCAUCACUAACAAGGUCAGAAAGCAUGGGAAUAUCACCAACCUACUCCUAUUCCAUGCACCAAUGGCACAGACAGUCCCAGCGAGGAAACACCAUCCACAGGUCGUUAACUAGGUCAGAAAGUAUGGGAGCCCAUUCCAUGUACAAGGGGAACAACAGAGGGGGUGGAUGGUAUCAGCGAGGGAACUCCAUGUUCAGGCCACUAAUUCAGUCAGCAGGAGCAAGACAGACCUAUACAGACUAUCACAUGAACCAAGAGCAGAGCCGUGGAGCUGGAUGGUAUGAGCUAGGAAACUCCAAGAGUUUGAUGACAAAUACAAAAUAUUCUGCAUGGGGAAAGAACGGUUACUCUGGCCUGCUCAGUGUACUAGACCAGAGAAUUUACACUCUUGAGGAAAAGGAAAAGAACUAGGUGAUUAUGCCCCUCACUUGUAUGCUGAUGAAGGUGACGAAACCAACACGGAGCUCGAGGCUAUCUCCAU